AUGCAAUCACCAUUCGCCCUCCUCACCCACGACUUGAUUCUCCUCCCCAGUCCAUGGGCAGGCGAUAUCCUGGCCUAUCGUACCCUCUUCCGCAAACUCAAUGCCGACGCUGACUUUUGCCGCGUCGCCUUCGGAGCCGAUUUCGAGCCGCUGAAAUGGACAGACGAAGAGGCCAUUGACUGGUUUGUGAAUAAAGACACCGCUACGAGAUGGGCAGUACGCGGCAUGGGCGAUUUCGCCCUGGGUGUCCUGCCAACCGACGAGAAGACUGGGAAAACCGCAUUCCACACCAUCGAGGGCCAGCUGCUGAAGAAUCCCGACGAGGAGGUGCGGAAAGUCACAGGAGACGGGUUCAAGGAGCUCGCCAAGCUUUUCGACCAGGUGCGAUGGGCAGGGUACACUUGUGUCCGGGAGGCGACAGUAGACGGCUCUGAUCAGCCGUUGCCUUCGUGGCUGGAGAUGAUUGAAGUUCGAUAUGGCACGGAUCCCGAUUUCCGCGGCCGUGGGAUCGCAACCCGCGCGGAGAAGAUCGUCAUGGACUGGGCGGUGGAAGAGCACGGAGUCCGUCGCUUCAUCGCCGAAACGCACAAGGACAAUGCUCGGAGCAAGCACCUCCUUGAGAAGCUGGGCUUUGAGAAGAUUGACACGAACUAUUUCCAACACGAAAUAGGGAUCGAGUGGGCCAAAGUCGUGUCCCCUCGAGUCUAG